AUGGAGCGAGCACUGGGGGAACCAGCGCUUGUGCUAUGCAGUGUCUGUCUAAACAGCGGGGAGCACGAAGGCCGCUGGUUACCGUUACGCUGUGGAGACGAUCAAGCAUUGCUGGGUAACUAUAGCUUACGCACGUGUCAUGGCUGCUGUAUGAACACGUUGCAGCUUUAUAAUGAAAAGCGCGAUAUUUGGUUCAUUCUUAAGGCUAACAAACACUCAGUUUAUGCGCAUGGUGUUGAGAGACGCAUCAAGACGCGAUCCUCAGUCUCUUUGGACGUGCCUAUGCGUGCGGCUAAGAAGAGGUCUAUAAGAAAUCGGCGAUUAGUGCAGCGCAAGUCCGGUCGCAACAUUAAACAGCAUGUGCAGCGGGAACAGAUGCUUGCGUAUGAGUGGAGCUUGGGCAAUUUGCCUUUAAAAAAGAGCAAACAUCUUUGGAAAGACAAUGAAAAGCGUGUCGUGAUGGAAAAUGACCCAACAUCCAAUUCUUCUUCAAAACUUGCUACAAAACAGUUGAAGAGGAAACAAGAUCGGGAUGUAAAAAACGUCAAUCCAGGACCAUUGGAAGUUUUCUGCGUCAUACUGGGUUGCACACGUUUUGCUAAGACGGGCUACUGUUGCCGCUUUCAUUCGUCGAAGCCACUCGUGUUUGAUAAGCCGAAUAUGGAAAGUUAA